AUGGCCAGGCUGCAAGAGUUGUUAUCCAACCUGCUGUGCCACGAGGCUAUCAGUUUCCUCAUCUACGGCACCGCCUUCCUUCUUCUCCUAGUCUACAUCCCCUACUGGAUCCGGCAGCAGCUCGAUAGGCACUAUUUGAAGUUUCUUGCUAAGAAAGCCAGAGAAAGACAUCUGAAGCAAAUGGAGUAUACAGAAACAAGUCCAGACGUGAAUUACCUUGAUUCUGGUUUCACGAAAGAAGAUGAUGAUGAAGAUGAUUACGGUUACGAAGGCGAUGAUCAGAAAGAGCGGAAGGAGGGAGAGAAUGCCAACGCGUUCCAGAAAAACAGUGAUGAGAAAUUGUCGUAUAUGUCUCCUGUGUCGUCAAGGAUAGCACAUUAG